AUGAAGUACGCACAGGCGGCCACCGGUCGGAAGCUGGGCCCGGAUGUCAAGCAGACGCCGGAGAAAAAGACGGAUGUAAAAAUCAAAAUUAAAGAUGAUCCAGGAGGAGGUGCUAAGCCCAGUAUGGAAAUAUCAGACUUCCCGAACGAACGGAAUAGCACGUCUUCGGUGAGCCAACAGCAGCCACACUAUCCCGCGGCGGGCCCGGUCAACGGUGGGUCGAGUAUUGUCAUCAGCAGCAGCAGCAACAACAAUUGCACUGGGGAACAACGGAAAGCUGCCACCGGAGAGCCCGUCAACAGUGCGAUUAGCGGCCCAAGCACGAUAGCGCAGAACGCCAGUGUGGCAGCGGUGGCGGCGACGGCGACGGCGACGGUGACGGCGAGCAACAGCAACGUGAUCGCCAGCAAUUGUGCGCCAUCCAAUCACAAGUACCUGCAUAAGAAGUUUAAGCGUAUUGCCAGUGUCACCCCCACGGAGGAAGAGGACGAGAGGGAGCGAAAGGGGAAGAGCAGUGCACAGGAAGCGACCGUCGCCGCCGCCGUCGCCACCGCCUCGGGUGGGAGGCUACUAGCGCUCGGGAACGGGUUGUUCGAAAGUUCCACCUCCAGCAGCACGGCGAACACGGCGGCGUGGGUAGCACAGCACAGUCAUACGCCACCGGGCCCGGCCACAGAUCUAUAUGGUGGUGGUGCAGUCGGGCCGUCCUAUCCCGCGGUGGUGCACCAACAACCGGUGGUGGUCGUACGUCCUUCCGCGACGGUGGCUCCCCUCAUAAACCUAGCGUCUUCCACGGUGGCGCCUACACAGCUCAACACCCAACUACGCAUCAUCGCAGACGAUGAUGAAUGUGCCAAAACCGGGAUAGUGCGAAAGUCGACCACCAUCAGCGGCAGCCGUCGGCAACUUGCCAACGGCAGUUUUUACGUUCCCGGUGCCGUCGAACAGCAAUCGUCCUCGGCGUCCGGGGAGCUGAUCGAUGCUGCCACCGAGUAUCGGAAGCAGCCCCAUUAUUCAACGUUGCUGCACCCUGUGGAAGCGGUUAUCGCGUACAGUCCACAAUCGUACCAUCCUCAACCGCUGCUGCUCCAGCAGCCGGUCAGUAGACAUCAAAAACAAACCAGUACCACCAACAACAACAGUAGUGUCACCAUCGGGGGUGGCAGUGCUAGUGGGCAGCCAUUAUCGGCGUUGUCAUUGUCUCUCGCUGAUAGCUGUGAUUUGGGUAGCGGUGCACCGAUAGUGGCCGCCGUCGGACCGCAUCACGGCGAUCACCCGAGCCGGCUCGCCCGAUCGCCCCAACCGCGGACGACCCCGGUACAAUUCAUCGUGGGCUAUCAGCAUCAUCAGCAGCCGGCGGAGUAUCAGCUUCACCAUCAGCAGCUGCGCGCAGCCUCGUUCGAUGGACAGCAGCCCGUUCCUUUGUUGCUUCAUCAACCUCACAACCAUCAUCAGCAGCAGCAGCAGCCGUCCGCCGGUGCAGGGUUGAUGUACGCAUCCGCCGGAGGAAGCGCCUACGUUGGUGAUAACGAAGCGACCAUCCAGCACCACCACGACCGUCACCACAGCCGUCAUCGCCGUCAUCAUCCCUCCGACGGGGUGACCAGUGUCGCGACCCGUUCUUCGUCGCCUUCGGGCGGCUCGUCUGGUUCACCGUCGCCCCCGGCGGUAGCAAGUGCCAUAGCCGCAGCGGGGGCCACAGUUGGUCUUCCAAAUAGUACAACCCUUCUAACCGCGACUUGCAACACCGCGAGUGGUGCUGCAAUCAACCAGCACUUCCACAGUGCUGCCGCCUCAGCCACUGCCAUCGCUCCCGGGGCCAGUGGUUCGUCUAUCGGGCGGUACGUGUGCCCGUACUGUCAGAUGAACUGCAGCAAACCGUCGGUCCUGGAGAAGCACAUCCGACGGCACACGAACGAGCGACCCUUCAAGUGUGUUCUGUGCGGAAUCGCGUUCAAAACGAAAAGUAACCUCUACAAACAUCGACGCUCGCGAGCACAUGCUUCGAAAAGCCAGGGCGAGGAUUCCUCGGGACAUCCGCUGCUGGACGAGGACGGUGCAUCGAUCGGUGGGUCGGACAUUGAUGAUAAGGAGCUGAGUAACAGUGGUUCCGAAAUUAUGAACUAUCGUGGAUCUCCGAUGGAGGACCGAGUGCACUCACCGCAGCAGCUGCUGGUGGAGAAACCGUACAAGCCCAAGUUCCACAAUGCAGCCCUGUACAGUACAAAAUUCGACUGUAAACCGGUGGCGACCGUUGGCCCGGUCGGGGCCAAUGUGAACGUCGUGUACUCCAGUGCACCGCAGAGUAGCGUUACCAGAGGAGGUUCUGCGCAUGCCGUCGGGGGACCACACUAUCUGAACGGACAAAACGCAGAAUCGCUCGAGCAGCACAUAUCCAAGCUUAUCAUGCAGAAUGAAGCCAUCGUCGAUGUGGUGGAGGCUCCGUUGCAGAAGAAGUACCAUAAAAUAACGGGCAUCAGCCGCGGCAUUUCGGUUACCGGUGUCGCUCCCACGCCAGUUAUUGGUGGCGGCGGCUGUGGCGGCUCUUCCGUGUCGGCGGGCAGCAACCAUAUGCAAGGCCAAAUGGCACCGGCGCAUGGGCACGACUCGACUUCCAGCCGUCUCCUAGCCAAUGCAUUGCUGCACAAACGGCAGGCAGAAGAACAGCUACUUCUGCAGCAGCAGCAGCAACAUCAUUUGCUACAACAAAUGCAACAGCAGGAGCAACAGCAUCAUUAUUUUCACUACCUUCAUCAUCCCGGGCAGCAGCAGCAACAGCAAAAUGUGAUAAAUUUGGCCGGCAAAGCGAUUGUGGCACCAAAAACUACCGCCGCUGUUCGGCAGCAGCAGCCGCAGCAGCAACAAAGACAACCGUUACUACCGGUGGUAACAUCGUCGCUGACGUCGGUCGGUGACAAUGCCGAAAGUGGCCCUCUACUGUCGAAUGGCCCAGAAGGGGCGUCUUCUUCUACUGUUACAAGGCCUGGGAGCAGGGGCACUACGAAUGCUUCAAGCAACGUGGAUGCCGAUGAGCCAAAUGCUGGUGGAAUACAGCCUUUGAACCUCACCAAAACGACAAACACGGCAGAUUAUUCGUUAUCGAUUUUGGACACUCCCAAAUCGCAGGCCCCAGUUCUCCCGCAACCAACGGUUCCAGCGACGGCGACGGUCAUCACCGCUUCGGCAGACGGUGAGACGUCGCACGCAUUGAAACCGUAUCGCAAGCGAUUGCUAGAACCGACAUCAGCAGUAUCCGUGGUGGCAGCGGUCGUGGCACCGACUGUUACGAUGACGUUCGUGACAACUUCGUCGUCGGCGGUUUCGGUGUCCUCCAGUUUAGGCACACCAUCGACGGCAGCGAUAGCGCCAGCAGUGGAUAUGGCACAACCACCACCGCAUCACGUUCCGUUGCAUGUACAAAUUUCAACGGCACCCAGUGUCCCCACUAUCGUUCCUCCGCUGCGACCAACGCCGACCUCGACACCGCCAAUGACUGUGGCGAACCACCCGCAGAAUCCGGAGCGUUCCAUCAUCAAGGAUCUGCUGCUCAACUCGCGCGGCUUCGGGGUGGUGCAAAACCCGGACGGUGAGAAUGGCGAGAAUCUGUACACGUGCAAGAUGUGCAGCACUUCGUUCCGGGAUGUGGAUUCGCUCAAGUAUCACAUGAUCUGCUACUGCCCGGGUAGUGGCAGCAAUCUGAACAGCCCGUCGUCAUCCAGCGCCCCGAUCAGCCCGGUCGGCUCCCCGUCCGCAGCGGCGGCCUACAUACGUUCGCGCUCGGUGAGCAGUUUGAAGCAUUUGGCACGCUCCUCCCUGAACCCACCGGCCACCGCUGGACGCCAGCCUUCGUCGCUGUGCAAACUCGCCAAGUCUCAACUAACGAGACCCCGGUUAAAGCCGGAAAAUAUAUCGAUCGCUCCGGCAGCGCUCGGUGGCUCGUCACCGGCACAGCUGCCUGGCGGCGACGGUACCGGCAGCGACGGUGCAGGUACAUCGAAAAGCGCAAACACGUCGUUCGAGUUGAUACAAAAUCCGCUACCGUCACCAGGACCGCUGCUCGGAAACACGCGGUUAGUGGAUCCACAGCGUGGCACCGAUAGUAAAUCGCAAAAGCAAACGCCGUUAGCCGACCGAGUGGUGGAGGCUGCAACGGGCCGGCGUGAACUGGAAAAGAGCGCUGAAAGGAACCCACAAACCACCGUCAACCGUCAACUGUACGGCAAUCAGCGCGAAGAAACCGUUGACGUGGUAGCGGCGGGAUUGUCCGCACAACCGUACCGGGAAGCCACGGUUGUCGAAAUCGAUGACGAGGAGUCUCGCGAGCGUGCGUUAAUGUUUCGCCGGACGUUGCAGUCCGGUGGUAAUGCGUUGAUUGAGAUUGCUAAACCAUCGUUGGAGCCAUCGUCGGGUCGUCGUUCGUCAUUAAAAUUAGACUCCGCCAGCAUCGCGGCCAUCGCUGAGGGUUAUGGUGGCAGUGGCAAAGUGGCAACGACGACACACUUUCACUUUCCACCAAUCAACCAGAUUACGGCCUACAAUCCGCUGACGCUGCCAAAAGGCGUCGCUAGGCAAGAGACUGCCGAUUCCGGUGCUUCACUGGGUCAGGCGUCUCAGAUCGUGCACGGUGGAAAGCUGAUUCCCUUUGUGCAGGGCAUGCCAGGUCCAAACACGCUCACCGCGGUUGCUGUGCCCAGUAUGGAUGCGUUACAAUCGGUCCGAAAUGCCUCCAGCGUCAGUACGACAGUGGUCAAUCUGCAGUCCCUGUUAACGAUUGUGGUACCUGCCGGUAGCUGUUCCACUGCCUCGAGCGGUUCCACAUUGGUACCGCUAGCGGGCGCCAGUACGCUACCCUACAAAGUGCAUUCAUCGGCGACCGAUAACACUUCGUCGCUGCUGGCGAUCCAACAGAUCUCCCGCGGACCCGACCUGGCGAUGGGUUCCACUGUGGAAAAACAUCUCAAAAAAUCUUCUGCUGCAGGAGGAGUGCCACCAACGAAGAAUGGAUUUUGUCGUGAAAUCUGGUCACCGGCCAAACAGCAGACACAGGCGGCCACAGACGUGCUGGUGUCGGCUACUGCCAAAAAGAGUUUCAACUUCACACGGAUCGCUGAUAACAUAAGUCCACGCAAAAAAGAAACCCCAACAGUGACGGCGAUGCGCGGUACCGGUGGGCUUGUCGUAGAGGGAACGAAAAAGACCGAGGAAGUGCGGUACUUCAAUUUCGAGACAAUGAUAUCAAAGUCGGAAAUACUGAUAAAACCGCCACCACCGCCGGCCACCGUCGUUACACCAACGUCAUCGGCGGCGCAGCAACACGAUAGCGCACCGAUACGUGCCUCCCCGGUGCCCCCGGAACAGGGUAAUCCGGUGCCUGCCAGUGGCUCGUUUUCGGCACCGCCGAAAGCGAACAGAUUUCUGCGCCCCAACACACUGCCUCUGAAGCCGGGUACCUUCACACCGAAGCGCCACCAUGGCAUUACGCCGACCAACAACACGAUGCCGCUGAUUUCACCGGAAACCCCACGCCCAUCGAAGAGCUGCCGGGAGCUGUACUUUAACGGCCACGCGUACACGAACAUUGGCCUGAAGUCGAGCACGAAACCGUUCUACUGCACCGUAAACAAGACGCAACCGUUCUACUUCCAAACCACCAAGCAGCUGUCCAUGUACAGCAACUGGCAGGUCCACCCGGAGAACGAUCCCCAUCCGCUCGGGUUCGGCCAGGUUACGGUGAUGGCGCUGUACGAUUCGAACCAGCAGCUCGACCGACGGUACUCCAUAGCCGGCCCGAAAACGGUCCCGCUAACGGUGGUGACCAGUCGAGGUGACGUUGCCAUCAGCGCCGCAGCGAAUUCACCGGCGGAAGCUAGUGUUCGCACCACCCCGGUGGAGGUGAAAUCGAGUGUCGCUGGUUGUCGCUCGCCGUACGCACUGACGGCAAUGGUUGUGGCCCAACCGCAGCAGCAGCCAUCGGCUGUCGGUUGUGCUACAUACGGUGGUGGGCACAACAAUGUUUCACCGCCACCGUGUGAGGGAACACUUUCCGUAUCAUCUGAAACGCCCAUGCUCAAUGAACCUUCGAUGGAGGCGUCCAUUGGUUCCACGUCUCGGCAGCCAUCACCGCGCAGCGAGUCAGUCGAGCCACCGCUCUCCGGGGGCUUCGAAAGUACGGAAGAAUACACGUACGUACGCGGGCGCGGCCGUGGCAAGUACAUGUGCAAAGUGUGCGGUAUUCGGUGCAAAAAACCGUCGAUGCUUCAGAAACACAAACGCACCCACACCGAUGUGCGGCCGUACUCGUGUCAGUACUGUAGCUUCCACUUUAAAACGAAGGGCAAUCUAACGAAGCACAUGAAGUCCAAAAGUCACUACAAAAAGUGUACGGAAUUGGGCCUUAAUCCUGUGCCGGUGCGCGUCGAUGACGAUGGGACAGUGGACAUCGAUGUUGAGGGCGAUCAGCAGUCCGUGUCGAGUGAGCGUACAUCGACGAUACCGGGCGAUUCCGAUACUGCCACCGAUACGGAUGCCGGCGAUACGGAUGACAGUGAAGAAUCCAAAAAUCGACUGCCAGAGCACGAGGCAGCCCAAGGUUUGCUGUCGUUGUCGAUGACUCGGCCAACAUCAGCCUGCAGCAGUCUCGGUGGUGGUGGCGGCGCUGCGUCUACCAUGGUGGGUAUGGGGGAUGCAACCGCUAGCACGGCAUAUGUGAAGCACCCCGUAGCCUACAUGAUGCCACUGGAGGCCGACGCCCUUCCGACGAAUGACAUGUCUGCAACGUCUCCAGCGGCAGCAACACCACCACGGCGGGUAAUUACGUUUGGUAGUGGACCGAAACUGGAGUACAACUUGCUCAAACACGAGCAGUACUACUCGGAUCCGAACGUGGGCCGAAAGAAGCGGGAUUACGAACGAUCGUUACCGAACGCAAGCGAAGAAGCAGCUCAGGCAGGCGAUGCGGAUGAUGAGGAUGAAACGGCCCGACCGAUGGAUUUGACCAAGAAACCCAGACAGUUCAUGGCCGAACGGCGGGAUGCUGUUGAGGUGGUCGCAGUAACCGGAAUCACUGCCUCCGACGACCCACGCUACGACGAUCGGCGGUUGUCGAUCAACUAUCAUCCCCAAACACACAAGCACCCACUGGCCAUGGCAGUGCAAAUGUCGGACGUGUUGACGCCAAUCACGGGCACGGCCAACCUCUUGACCACCCUCGUGUCAAACACGGACAAGAUCCCAUUGAUGAUACCGUUCGAGCCAACCGGUGGCACCACUCCCAGUGGUGUUGAUGGGAAUGCACAUUUUCAUGAGUACCUGAAACAAAGGGCCCUGCAGGAUACCAAGAUCAAACAGAGCCAAAUGAAGCCCGGUUGCGGUAGUGGCAUCCUAAUGAUGCGGGACACCACACCUCCGGUUCAGCAGCACCACCAACAUUAUUUAGUGCAGUCGAAUCUGCUAUUGCAGCCCGCUGUAGUAGACCCGAACCACCAGAAGGCACUGAGUCAGCCACCGGCUCAGGGACAACCGAGCGCCGCAAUACCGUUGACUCCAAUACCCAUCACAACGACGACGGUGAUCGGCGGUGGUGCCCCGGCGACAACGGAACGUGUUUACCGUAUUUUCAAUGGCAAGAACGAACGCCAUCGUACCACGCCCAGUUCCAUCGCUGUCACUCCUACAAACACGAUUACGUCGAGUGCCGUCGUAGAAGUGCCACUGGGUACGGCGAUCUGUUCCGUGGUUCCGGGGGCACUGCCUGUAACGGUCACGUGCGCCACUGUGGUGCGUGUGCUGGGUGGAGCUGAGUGCCCUCCUCUUCCCGAGAAUGCUUCCCCGAUGGAUACUCUGGCUGAAAUAGCGGCCGGUUCGCUCAAGCUGGACGUUACCAAGGUGCCACUGACAGUGCCGGGUGACAAAGCGGUGGAACUUGCGGCUCCCGUGCCUACCCAUGUUCGUUCGCGGAGCAACAGCUCCACAUCGGUUGCAAACAAUGGUGCGCCCGUGGUGCCGGAGAGUGCCAAAACGUUGGCUUCCGAGUAUCUGAAGCUGACCAAAUCAGUUACAAAUGCGGCGGGCAAGCGCAAGCGUGAGGACAGCGAGAGCGGGAGCACUACCUCAGAUCAGGAGGGCCCAAUCGGUGUACCUCCCCCGUCGACGGUGGCCGCCAUGCUUCCCGGGAGUAAUAACUCCGUAUCGUCCGAAGGUAGACCGGUCGCAACGGUGGCCCCGAUCCUGGCAAACAUUAAUCCGCAAGCUUCCCAGCAACAGCAACAACCGGGUGACGGAAUGGUGCUAAGUGCUCCAGCGAGUGUGGUGACCAGCAGCGCGAUGGGAGCUGUCGCUGCACCGUCGGUAGCGACGGAUCUUGCCGCAGCGCAGACCAUUGGUCCCGUCCGGAAGGUGGUCGUCGGCGAGGACGGCUUCAAGGCUUCCGGUGGCGAGUUUGUCGCGGGGACGGCACCUACUUUCUCCCACAUGCAGGAGGACGGCGGCCGGCCGGUCUGUGAAAUAUGUCACAAAAAGUUCCACAAACUGUCCCAGCUCAGCAUCCACAUGAACAUUCACUACAUGGAGCGCAAGUACCGCUGCGAACCGUGCGGGACCAGCUUCCGGUCGCAGGGCCUCUACCUGAAACACGAACGGUCGGCGACGCACCGCAACAAGGUGUCGAUGACGAACACGUUCGGCGUGGCAACCGACACCAAUCCGCGACCGUUUUACUGUCGCGACUGUGAUGUCGGGUUCCGCAUCCAUGGCCAUCUGGCGAAGCAUCUGCGCUCGAAGCUGCACAUCCUCAAGCUGGAGUGUCUCGGCAAGAUACCGUUCGGGACGUACACGAAAAUCGAAGAGUCUGGCAUGAACCUGAACGAGAUCGACACAUCCGACUGCGAAAAUUCGCUGUCCAGCUUUCAACGGCUCGCGAUUCAGCUGAAGGUGAAGGAUUCUGCCAAAAUGCUUCCAGCUGGCGGCAGCAGCAGCAGCAGUGGUAUUGGUGGUCGCCCACUGUCUAGUGGUGGUGCUUGUGAUAACGAAACGGACAGCUGCGACGAAACCGACAAUGGCGGUGUUGGGACGAACGAAGUAUCUAGUGGUGGGGCUGCAGCGCCACAGAGGAAGAGUGCGGCUGAGCCUUCAUCCGAAGAUUCUUCCCAGCCAGAGUCGCACCCCGGAGGAGGUACCCGAGCGAAUCCGCGUGUAUCGGUGGAUAGCAGCAGCAGCAGUAGUGAGCGGCGGCAAGGUUCUAGGAUCGACUCCGUUGACGGAGGACCACCGCUGCGUAGUGAAAGUGAUAUCGAGCCGCGGAACAUAAACAACAACGUGAAGCGCAAAUCUGAUGAUACGCCGACGGUUGGCGGUGAGAGCUCGGCAGCUUCCGACGCUAAACGGUCACGAUACGCGAACGAAUUGGACGCCAAAGGUUCGGCUAACCUGCAUGCUAUCGAAUAGAUUUCUUUUCUACCGUGUGGCAGACGGAGUAACACUACUAUCGUCGAUCGUACGGACGUCGUCGAUAAUCGUUUCAUAGGUGAGUGCCAAAUUUUACUUCUGUGGGGUGGUGGCAAAGUAAAACAAACUAUAAGUGUAUUAAGGUACUACCAUUCUAAAGUGCAAAAAUACUACGCUGGAGUAGUGUACCCACAAAACGUAUGUGCCAAUCGAACGCGCGGUUUUUCUUUCCUUUCCACAAUACAAAUGAACUCACAAACAGCAGCAGGAGCCUUCGUAGAAGGUACAAUUUAUGGUUUAUUUCAAUAUGUUGCACAAUAAGCAGUUAUUGUUACACCGUCGGGAUUAAUAGCGGUUCGGUACGAGAUCUGGCCAUAGUGUGGUCACCGGUAAGCGUUACGUGCGCGCUGUGGUUUAAGUAGGAUUACAACACACGUUCUGCCACCCCAUAAGGCGAACGAACUGAACAUCUAGGAUAGAGGACCCCGUCGAAAAGAGUGGACAAACAGAAAGCAUAUCCUGUGUAGGCAUAUAAUCCGUGUACGAAGGCGAAUGAACCUCACCGAUGAAGUCACUAUAAAAAAAAUGAAACGUGCUCCACAGCGCACUGCAAAGUGGGCGCGUGAAAGUGACAAAAAUGUACACUAACUUCGCAAAGUUUGCGUCAACGAAGGAGUGUUUAGUAUCGAGGAUUAACAGAUACCCUUUUUCGAUGUGGACGAACCAGAAACAAAAAAAAACAUACACAAACCUCUACACAUCGAAUAUGCGAUAAAAUGAUAUGAAAACAUAUUAUAUAUUUUUAUACUGACCAAGUUUUUCGGUUCCUCGCGCCUCUUGUCACAGGCUUAUUUUUUGAAAUCCCUUGACCAAGAGCUUGAGGCUAAACCUCUCUUCCUUAGGAAUUUUUUGGCUAUUAUAUGAUAUGUCCUAUUGGAAGAAGCAAACAAAAAAGGAGAAGAAAAAACGGUACAACUGACACUUUUACCUACUUCGUGUACACCACACCGUCUUUAUCAGUCGAAAGAUAUCCAUUGAUCCAUCGAGAUAUUUGUUACUUUUCCAAAGAAAGACAAACAAAAACAUAGAUAAAGUGGGUUUUACCCUCUUAGAGACCCGUUGUCGCAUAUCAACACACUUUUGCAACAAUCUAUUGUUGAACGAGAAUACCAAUAGAUGAACACCAGCACACAAAAUAUUGGGGAAAGGUUCGUGGAAAACCGUCACGGCGUCGUCAUGAUUGAUUACGCGUUUUUGUUGGAAUUUUUUUGGAAACACUGUAUAAACUAGCUUCUCGUUAUUUGUGGGAUAAUUUUUAUUCUGUUCGACAGCCACUUUAGUGCCACAAGUGAGCUUUCCACUUGUGUUAUUUGCACAAGACCUCUGACGGUUUGUGGCGUCGUGCAUGGUUUGUUUUGGGAAAAGAAUGCGACCUUUGUGCGUUCAUUUAAGACAAGAAAUUCAAAAACACAUCGCUAUAUGCCCAUUACACAUCAAAAACAUUCGUUCGCGACCGACAUUAUUGUAGCGUAGUGCACCAAAUGCCCAAACAAUUUUAACAUUAACGUAGAGGCCAACGGGUGGGACCGAUUCUGUCAACCGAUGAAUGAAAACAAAUGAAAAAAAACGUAACUAUAUGAUAUAUGUAUAUAAUGAGUUAAAAACCAGAAACACAAGCUAAGCCGAGAGCUACUAGUAGAUAUUAUACGACUCAUUACGAUAUAUAUAUAUACAGCAAACACGAUAUAUUUCAUAGUAAAAAGAAGGUGAUUUUAGGAUGUAAAACUCUAAAUCAGUAACAAACGCAAAGUGAACGGGAAAUACAAUUACACCUAAGCAUCAAUCAAACUCAAGAUGAUAAAAAAAUGGAGUAAAAAGCUGAAAAUUCCUCACUAAAAGUAGUAAGCCACAAAAAACAAAAGUCGGGCGACAGUAGAAAGCAAAUAAUCAUUGGCAACAACGCACACAACUUGUUAAUGUUUUACAAAAUAUUGAAACAGACAGCGAUUACUACUACUACUACUGUGUAAACCCGCGGACCAGAACCGGAACGAUAGAAACAGAGAGAGUGACAGAGGAUUUUCAACCGUAGUCAACCGUCAUGCGUUGUGCUGCUUCUUGGAAGACAGUUUCGAACAACGCAACGAACAUUAGACAGUGUUGUGUGACCACAAAGAGUUUGAUUGAGAGCCAACAAUAAAUUGGAGGUGUAAUGGAUACAAAAAGCGGAUUUGGACACGAAUAGAACUAACAUGUGCAUUCUAUUUUAUGCAAUAGAAAAACGCAAGUCAAACCGAGCGCAGUCAACAGAGCGCCGGUACAUGCUAUCAGUUAGGGUUAUAUCUUAUAAUUGAGUAAUAUACAAACCGAUAU